GUUGUUGAUGCGUAUGAUGAUGCUGAUGACGAUGAUGAUGAUGAUGAUGACGAUUCGGAUGACGACGGUGAUUCGGAUGAUGAUGAUGAUGAUGAUGAUGAUGACGAUGAUGUUGAUGAUGUUUCCGAUGAUGAUGAUGAUUCGGAUGAUGACGAUGAUGAUGAUGAUGAUGAUGAUGAUGAUGAUGAUGAUGAUGAUGAUCGCGAUUCGGAUGAUGAUGCUGAUGAUGAUGAUUCGAAUGAUGAUGAUGAUUCGGAUCAUGGUGAUGAUUCGGAUGACGAUGAUGAUGAUGAUUCGAAUGAUGAUGAGGAUGAUGUUGAUGAUGAUUCGGAUGAUGAUGAUGAUUCGGACGACGACGGUGAUUCGAUGAUGACGAUGAUGAUGAUGCCGAUUUUGAUGAUGAUUCGGAUGAAGAUGAUUACUUGA